AAUGUAAAUCAGUCUGAAACUGGUUUUGUCACGGCAACAAUCCUAUCAUUGGACAUUUUCCUAGUGCCCAGGAUGUGGAAAGAGUUCCUAUUUUUUUCAAUUUGUACCAUGAUAGAAAGCCCACUCACGACAAAGUGAUUAGGCAAUGGUUGGAUGGACUUUUAGCAUCGGUCUGUCAGAAAAAUGACAAGACAUAUUUUUACGUGACACUGAGGCAUUAUUGUAUCUCUUCCGUUAAUGCCUGUGCAAAUUCAGGACAUCCAGGCCCUCUGACCCAAAUAGACAGAACAACAGCGAAGAUGGAUGUUAUUGCUGCCCACACGGUGAUAAUAACUUCUAGGAGCAGUCCACCUGAAAGCUUUCCUGCCUCCACUUUGGCUGAUGACAACAGCUUCAUCCGCUCUUAUUCGGGGGCCCUUAUUUGCUUUGAAAUGGUCUUUGGUUUGCUGGUGUGGACUCUGUUAGGAGGAUCUGAUUACUCUCUCAUCACAGGCUUUGGCUGGGUGAUGUUCGUGGCUGUGAUGUACUGGGUCCUCACUGUCGUCCUCCUCCUCGCCGGCCUGACUGAGACCAAGAUCAGAAAUCCCACAUUGGGCCUGUGUUUCAACACCAGCGCCACAGUAUUCUACCUGGUGUCAGCAGCUGUGGACACAGCUUUCGUCAGGAAAGACAUUUGGGGAGGUCAUAACUUCAACUGCUGGGCAGCAUCGUCGUUCUUUGCCUUCCUGGUGACCCUUUGCUAUGCAGGAAGCACCUAUCUCAGUUUUCAAACUUGGCGAUCCAAAGAUGGCGAGCAGUAGAAUGACAGGCUGCUUUGUGUUCUUCACUCUUGGGAUUUUCAAGAUUGAAAGGGUACACUUUCUUGUGUCCGAAGAGGCAAGAACACACGAACCAUGUUGUCACUACAAAGAUGUCAGUCGACUUAUCUUCCUGGAAUAAAGAAAAUGGUGAACAUUACUGUAAUGAAUAUAACUAAAAACUCCAAAAGCCACUGUGUUGUAUCGUGAUAAUAGAAUAGUUUGUGAUGAAAAUAAUUAACUGAAUGGUGCUAAUCUACCAGGCUACAGAAAAGGACACACAGUACAAAAGAGUAGAAAACAGUAGACAAGGAUUCCAUAACUCAAAGAUGUGCAUAUUAUGGAAGUGGAUGUGUAAUUCCAGCCCCAGUAUACGCAUUGUGUGUACAGGCUGUUGGUGUCUGUAGACAGUAUGAAUUGCCCUGUGUCACCACCAUACUCCUAAACAACAUUGUAAUCUAACAAGUCAGUUUGCAUCUUUUUUUUGUUUUCACCACAGUCCAUUCCUCAAGGUUUCAGAUGUGUGUGCUGUAGACUACAUUUCCCAGCAGCUCUGAGACAUUUGGUGGCCUGGCUGUACCCGACCAGCUGCUGCAAACAGCACGGUGAUCCAGGCCUGGGUUCAGAGGAGCCUCCUAUCGCCUUCCCCUCCGACGUUACACCUCAGCACUCCAGUGCAACUCCACUGGUGCAGCAUGGCUCCAACACUGCUGACGUUUGGUUUCCAACAAGGUGCUGGGGUGGGGCGAGUGGUCAUACCCGUAAAACAGUUGCUACUAUCAGCAGCAUCUACCCACUAUAUUCAUGUCUACAUCGGUUACAAGCAUUUGAAAGUUCUGUAAGGUUUACAGGUUAAUUUAUUUAUUUGGGUUUAAUCUACUAAAUAUAUAUUUACAAUGUUUACACAGUUAACUACUUACAUAUUUGUGUUACACAGUUAUUAUAUCGUUACGAUAAUCUCCAGAAUAAGAAUUUGAAAGUUCUUUCUGUAAAUUACUGUAAGUAUACUUCUUUCUCAUAUGAAGAGGUAGCAAGCUGCCAUAAGAAACGUUUAGCUUUUAAGUAAGGGAUUUUUAUGCCUCUGAAGAUAUUUUUCUUAAAAG